AUGAAGGACUACCAGAAUACCCUCUCCCUGGUGUUUGCUGUGAAAGAAAUCAAUGAGAAUCCUAACAUCGUACCGAAUAUGAGCUUUGGGUUCAACCUCUUUGAUAGCUUCGUAAAUACAAGGAUGACUUAUCAGAACACCCUGAAACUUCUGUCCACCACAGAAAGGAUUGUCCCCAACUUCAAAUGUGACAAGAAAAGAAAUAUGAUGGCUGUUAUUGGAGCACUUGACUCUGACAUCUCCCUUCACAUGACUACCAUCUUAGGCAUCUACAAGAUUCCACAGAUCGCUUAUUGUGUAUUAGCUCCAGUGAGGAGGACCGAGUUGCAGCUCCAAACCUUCUUCCGGACGGUGCCCAAUGAGAAAUAUCAAUAUGCAGGGAUUGUCAAGCUACUUCUUCAUUUCCAAUGGACGUGGGUUGGACUUGUUGCAUCAAAUGAUGAAAAUGGAGAGAAGUUUAUACAAAUCUUAGGGCCAAUGCUUUCCCAGCAUGGAGUCUGCACAGCCUUCAUUAAAAAAUUACGAGGCUUGUCUCAAGGGUUGGGUCGUUUCAGACCAAUGGAAGUCGAUCGGAUUACGGCCACUAUAAAAAUGGUCUCAGAAGUCAAUAUAUUAGUUCUAUAUGCAGAACCUCAGACCAUUUCAGCUGUGAGAUGGAUGGUUUAUUUUGCUUCAUUUUAUGAAGAUAUUGCAAAGAUUUCUAUAGGCAAAGUGUGGAUUUUGACAGCCCAAUGGGCCUUCUCAGCAGAAAUAUUGCAAAGGCAGGGGGAUAUUCAAUUCUUUGAUGGUUCCCUGUCUUUAGCAAUUCACACAGAAGAAGUCCAGGGAUUUAAAGAAUUCCUUCAGACCCUAGACCCGAACUCUCCAAAUGGAGAUGGGUUCCUCCACGCUUUUUGGGAAAAGACAUUCGACUGCUUAUUUUCUGAUUCCAAUGACCCCAAUGACAGCAGAGACACAUGCACUGGCAAAGAGAGUCUGGAGAGCCUUCCUGGGCCCAUUUUUGAAAUGACCAUGACUGGUCAAAGUUACAGCACCUAUAAUGCGGUUUAUGCCAUUGCAUAUACUUUGCACAAGAUUCUCUCAUCCAGACCAAAACACAGAAGGAUGGCAGGCAGAGGUGGACUCCAUCCUCCCAAACUGCAACCUUGGCAGCUUCCCUCUUUCCUGAGGAGUAUCUCCUUCAACAACAGUGCUGGGGACUUUGUGUCUUUUGAUGAGAAUGGGGAAUUGGCAGCUGGAUUUGACGUUAUUAACUGGGUUACUUUCCCCAACCAAACCUUCUUGCGAGUGAAAGUAGGAAAGGUAGAACCACAGGAAUCGCACAAUGUCGACUUGAGCAUGGAUGAAGAAGCCAUCACAUGGCACAAAGCAUUCAAUCAGGUGCUGCCCCUUGGUUUGUGCAAUGAUCGGUGCCAGCCAGGCUACAGCCGGAAAAAGAAGGAGGGGCGGCCAUUUUGUUGCUAUGACUGUGCUUCAUGUCCAGAUGGGAUGAUUUCAAAUCAAACGGAUGCGGAUUAUUGUUUCAAAUGCCAAGAAGGACAAUUUCCAAACCACAACAGAGAUCAUUGCAUUCCCAAGAGCCAACAUUUUCUUAGCUACACAGAGCCUUUGGGAAUCACAUUAGCUGCCUUAGCUCUGCUCUUUGCUCUGGUCACAGCCUUGGUCCUUGGUGUCUUCUCUAAGAACAGGGACACUCCCAUUGUCAAAGCCAACAACCGGGACCUCACCUACACUCUGCUCCUUGCCCUCUUGCUCUGCUUCCUCUGCUCCUUGCUCUUCAUUGGCCAGCCUCACCCAGUCAGCUGCUCUUUACGACAAACGGCCUUUGGCAUCAUCUUCUCCAUUGCGGUGUCUUGUGUCUUGGCCAAAACCAUCACGGUGGUUCUGGCCUUCAUGGCCACCAAACCAGGAUCCAGGGUGAGGAAAUGGGUGGGGAAAUCUCUGGCCAACUCUGUUCUUCUGGGUUGCUGCUCACUUCAGGCCAGUAUUUGUGUUCUUUGGCUCUGUACGGCUCCCCCCUUCCCAGAUGUGGACAUGAACUCUCUGGCAGAGGAAAUCAUCCUGGAAUGCAACGAAGGCUCUGCUCCCAUGUUUUAUUGUGUCCUGGGGUACCUGGGAUUCCUGGCCAGUGUCAGCUUCACCAUGGCUUUCCUGGCCAGGAAGUUGCCAGACAGUUUCAACGAAGCCAAGUUCAUCACUUUCAGCAUGUUGGUGUUCUGCAGCGUUUGGCUGUCCUUUGUUCCCUCUUAUCUGAGCACCAAAGGAAAACAGAUGGUGGCUGUGGAGAUCUUCUGCAUCUUGGCCUCCAGUGCAGGCUUGCUCGCUUGCAUCUUCUUCCCCAAAUUGUACAUAAUCCUUCUGAGGCCCGACUUGAACAGCAAAGACCACCUGAUUCUGAGGAGCAAAUAA